AUGGCUACGAUCAAACAUUUGGUUUGUUUUGUGGUGCUUUCUUUCUCCUUGAGUUUUGUGUCAGCUCAAGAAUGCUGGAAAAAUACGACUUGCAAUGGUCCCCUGAAGCCGGCAUUUCCAGGAAAAUGGGAUGCAAACAUUUAUGCGCCUUCAAGCCGCCAGGUAUCCCCUAAAUCCGUUCUGUCCGCCCAGACUGGGGCUGUUAUAUCUAAAUUCGACGGCGCAAUUUUCCUCUCCGGCAAUGGCUCAAAAUAUACCCUUGACUUUGGUAAAGAGGUGGGCGGACUCGUGACUCUCAAAUACUCUUCCACAGGACCUGGUGCAAUCGGGUUGGCAUUUACGGAAGCCAAGAACUAUAUCGGAGAAUGGUCGGAUUCGUCAAAUGGAGGAUUUAAAGGGCCUGAUGGAGCUAUUUAUGCAAACUUUGCAUCAGCUGGUUCGGGAACAUACACCAUGCCAGAUCUUUCGCUUCGUGGAGGCUUCCGGUAUCUGACGUUGUUUUUAAUCACCAACGGUACAAUAAGUGUCAACAUUAGCAGCGUUGUUCUUGAAAUUGGGUUCCAACCAACAUGGUCAAAUUUACAAGCUUAUCAGGGGUACUUUCACAGCAGUGAUGAAAUGCUUAAUAAGAUAUGGUACUCGGGCGCAUACACCUUACAAACCAAUUGUGUACCAGUUAACAGCGGGCGACAGAUUCCUACUGUUAAAGUAGGAUGGGCAAAUAAUGGUACUAUGGGACCUGGUGAUACUAUCAUUGUGGAUGGAGCAAAACGGGAUCGCGCUGUGUGGCCUGGUGACAUGGGUAUUGCGGUUCCGUCGACAUUUGUCAGUAUUGGAGACCUUGUCAGUGUUAAGAACGCCCUUCAAGUUAUGUACAAUUACCAGAACAGCGCGACUGGAGCAUUCCCCGAGGCAGGGCCACCAUUGCUACAGCUGGGCUCUGAUACCUACCAUAUGUGGACCAUGAUUGGAACUCACAACUACGUACUUUACACCAAUGAUACAUCGUUCCUUUUGCAGAACUGGGCGAAGUACCAGUUGGCGAUGAAGUACAUUUAUGGAAAAGUUAGCGCCCCUGGUCUCCUCGAUGUCACGGGAAUCCGAGACUGGGCUCGCUGGCAACAAGGGUCCAAUAACAGUGAGAGUCAAAUGAUUCUCUAUCGAACUCUUCUCACCGGUGCUGAACUAGCCACUUGGGCUGGAGAUACCACCAAUUUGACUGCUACUUGGAAUAGUCGUGCGGUUUCUCUCAAAACAGCCGUCAAUACAUACUGUUUCGACUCGUCUUACGGGGCUUUCAAGGACAAUGCGACAGAUACUACACUUCAUCCUCAAGAUGCAAAUAGUAUGGCGAUCCUGUUCGGAGUUGUUCCCCCAACCUCUUCAACCGCCCAAGACAUCUCCACCAAUCUUCUCAAGAAUUGGACUCCAAUUGGCGCCGUCGCACCAGAGCUCCCAGAAAAUAUAUCACCCUUCAUAUCAAGUUUCGAAAUUCAGGCCCACUUCAAAAUCGGACAAACGAAUCGUGCCCUCGAUCUCAUCCGUCGUUCCUGGGGCUGGUAUCUCAAUAACCCCAAUGGCACUGAAAGUACAGUCGUCGAAGGAUAUCUCCAAAACGGCACAUUUGCAUACAGAUCAAGCAGAGGCUACAUGUACGAUACCUCCUAUGUAUCUCAUUCGCACGGCUGGUCAUCCGGCCCCACAUCCGCACUCACGGAAUUUGUUUUGGGCCUCUCUGUUACCAGUCCAUUGGGUAAGAAAUGGCAAUUAGCACCGCAGUUUGGUGAUCUAAAGAGUGCGGAAGGUGGAUUCACGACGACCUUGGGGAAAUUCCAAGCGAGUUGGAAAUUGACGUCGACGGGAUACACGUUGGAUUUUGCAGUACCGGAGGGGACUACGGGAUUGAUAAUCUUACCGGUCAGGGAAGCAAAGCCGAGGAUUGUGGUAAAUGGAGUGGAGAUGAAGGGAACGACGGAUCUAAAGAUUCAUAAUGGAGGUGUGGUAUUGGAGGCCAGUGGUGGGAAACAUAGUGUUGUUUAUUAUCAAUAA